CGUCGAUUGACGUUUGUGGGAUUUUAUAUUGCACUUCAUUUUAUUCACAGAAUAAAUACAUAGUGACUUGAUUUAUUUAUUUUAAUUAUAUUAUGAAAUAGUAAAUCAGUAUCGAUUGUAUGUUAAUAUCAACGAAUUAUAUUAAUGUGGUGUAUCAAGAAUUCAUGUGUAAAAUGCGGAUACACUAAUAAAGAAUAGAGCGGUCUACGAAGAGAUUAAAUAACCCCUUUAUUGUGCAACAUAAUAGAGGAGCAAUGAGUAAUGCAGGAGGUGUUAAUGCUAUGAACAAUUUACCACCUGGUGUCAACCCAGAGAACAAUUUGUUACCCGGUGGUCCAAUAAUAAACCAAGGGAUGAAUAGAAAUAGAAAUAAUAAUCAAAAUCCACUGUUCAAUGUUAGAGAACGAUUAUUCCACGCACUAUUUUUCAAAUUUGCUGUUGCAUAUGCUCGUACAUUCCCACGGCCAGUGAGAAGAUUCUUUGAGUUCCUUGUGCUUUUAAAAGCUCUUAUGGCAUUUUUUGUGCUUGCCUACAUACAUAUAGCAUUCUCAAGAACACCGACCACAUGUCUCAAUCAUGUAAAAGAUUCCUGGCCUAGAGAUGGUAUUUUACGAGUGGAGAUACUUAGAAAUCCAGCUCAAGACUACACGGUAGAACAGAGUUAUGCCAAAGAGAGGAAGCUUAAAAAUAGUAAAGAUGAUAUGAAUUCUAUGCUCGGAAUGUUGGCGACCGAAGGGUUUGUAAAUAUAGAAUCUUCAACUAAUGAAGAUAUCGAGGGCGAUGAGUAUCUGAGAGAUGGUACUGACUAUGGGAAUAUAACGAGAAUCCACAACGACAGUGAAGAGCCAGAACAGGUCAUCGAAACUGGUUUCUAUGUGAACAGUAAACCUGAAAUGGUGGCCAGUGACCAGGUUGAUCUGAACCAAACGAUCACACCUGGAGAAGACGUUGAGCCAUCUUCAACCAUAUGGGAAGGGAUUAUGGGUCUUGUUGAAGAUUUGGACAAGGAUACCAAAGUGAAUGAUGACACGCUCGAGGAGGCAGCGUCCAACGAAACAUCUAAAGACGAGGAUUAUAUUCUAGAAUAUUCUCUGGAAUAUGGUUUCCUUCGGUUGUCACCAAACGCUAGACUACGUUUUAAGAUACCCGUUAAAAUUGUCACACUGGAUCCUCAGAAGGAUGCGUGUUUUGGUGAUGCCUUCUCACGUUUUGUUCUGGACGAAUUCCUUGGCUAUGACGACCUGUUGAUGGCAUCCAUUAAGAGUUUAGCUGAACAGGAGAAUAAUAAAGGGUAUUUGAGGAAUGUUAUAACGGGUGAACACUAUCGUUUUGUGUCGAUGCUGACAGCUCGCAGUUCUUACAUAGCCGCCUUCUUCAUUAUGCUAGUAUUUACCGUUUCUAUAUCCAUGCUGCUGAGGUACGCCCAUCAUCAGAUCUUCGUUUUUAUAGUGGAUCUUCUGCAGAUGUUGGAAUUUAACGUGACCGUCUCGUUCCCAGCGGCGCCACUGCUCACAGUUAUUUUGGCAUUAGUCGGUAUGGAGGCGAUAAUGUCGGAGUUUUUCAACGACACGACUACAGCGUUCUACAUCAUCUUGAUAGUGUGGAUCGCUGAUCAGUAUGACGCUAUCUGUUGUCACACAGCCAUAGCCAAGAGACACUGGCUGAGAUUCUUCUACUUGUACCACUUCUCUUUCUACGCCUACCAUUACCGAUUCAACGGGCAGUACAGCAGCCUGGCACUGGUUACUUCCUGGCUCUUCAUACAACAUUCCAUGUUGUACUUCUUCCAUCACUAUGAGUUGCCGGUGAUACUACAGCAGGCUCAUUUGCAGCAAGUUUUACUUCGCACUCACCACGGCAUGGGUGGCAUGAUGGGUUUAGCAGGUAUAGCUUCCUUGGCGAGUGGCGCCGCCUACCAUGACGCUCCCGGAACCGGGACCCAAGCCACACCACCAACCACUCAAUCUACCACCCAAACAGUCCAAAACACUGUCCAAUCAACCACCCAGACGUUCCCUUCCGUCUCAACCGUCCAAACGAAUACGACUCACACCGGCGACGUGUCUUCCCGAGCUACUUCCACCGAAACUAUAGCGAGCGAAACUAACACUACAGCUACAGACGAAGAAAGACCUGUUACAGCAACAGCGGCUGAAGUUACAAACGACAAAAAGACGACUGUCGAUGGCAUACAAAUAGUAGAGAUCAGGAGGAAGACUUCGCACGAGGAUAUUAAAGUUGUAAAAAGUACCAGCUCAUCUGCCAUCGCAGAAGACACGCAGCCGGGUGGUACCAACGAUAUCAUGAACAUCAACGAACGGAAACUAGAUAGUUUGUCACUCGACCGGAGACGGUCUCAGACGGUUGGAGCCAACGAGCCCAACCCACCAGAUGAGGCCGGUGAAAUAGCUAACGAGAAAAUAGCGCCCAGAGCGUCACCAGAGGCUGACGACCUAGACUAAUACGAAACCGCUUCAAUGACACGAUUUCUACACUUAUAAGUUAAAUUUAGUCAGAAGACGGCCGUAAUGUUAUAUACAAAAAAUAUAAUGUAGUUAGGUAUUUUAACGGAACUUGCUAAUAGCCUUGAAAUAGAUGUCCGUCGUGGUAAGACAGUCGAACAAUAAUGAAGUGCUAGUUGUUGGUAUGGUCCGCGCGGUCUGUGUAGGACGUUAUGGGUCUCUUCUCAUAUAGAACGGUGAUUGUAGUUUAAGUUAUGGCUGCCACUACAGCGAGUGUAAAUAUAUAGAUAUCUAUAAAUAUUUAUUAGGUUUCCAUUGUGUUGAUGAAGUUUUUCAUUUGUUAAUUUGAAAAUGCUUUAGUGAUAGUGAUAGGUGCUGGAGGACGGCAUGUUUUCAUUCAGUGAUUUAGUUUUAUCGUAAUAAAUAAUUUUUUUUUUGUUUAA